AUGCUGCCUGUCAUCUACGCGGUCCUGGCGGGGGUGCUGCUCCUGCCGCUGCUGGUGAACCUCUGCUCCCCCUACUUCUUCCAGGACGUGAGCUACUUCCUGCGGUUAGCCAGGAGGGCCCGGCAGGUGCACAGCUAUGGGCAGCGCCGGCCGGUGCGCACCAUCCUCCACGCCUUUCUGGAGAGAGCACACCAGAGCCCGCACAAGCCGUUCCUGUUCUUCCGCGACCAGACGCUCACCUACGUGCAGGUGGACCGACGCAGCAACCAAGUGGCGAGGGCGCUGCGCGACCGCCUCGGCCUCCGGCAGGGAGAGUGCGUGGCGGUAUUCCUGGGCAACGAACCGGCCUACGUAUGGCUGUGGCUGGGGCUGGCCAAGCUGGGCUGUGCCAUGGCGUGCCUCAACUCUAACAUCCGCGGCAAGUCCCUGCUGCACUGCUUCCAGUGCUGCGGGGCGAAGGUGCUCCUGGCCUCGCCAGAACUACAAGCAGCUGUUGAAGAGGUGCUGCCAAGCCUGAAAAAAGAUGAUGUGGCCAUCUAUUACGUGAGCAGAAGUUCUAACACCGAUGGGGUCGACUCUUUCUUAGACAAAGUGGAUGAAGUGUCAACUGAAUCUAUCCCAGAGUCCUGGAGGUCGGAAGUGACCUUUUUCACUCCUGCCGUAUACAUUUAUACUUCUGGAACCACAGGUCUCCCGAAAGCUGCAAUGAUCAAUCAUCUUCGCAUUUGGUAUGGAGCCAACCUUGCUGCUGCCAGUGGGAUAACGGAGAAUGACGUAGUCUAUACCACCCUACCCUUGUACCACAGUGCUGCGCUUUUGGUUGGCUUACAUGGAUGUAUCCUGACUGGUGCUACUGUUGUUUUGCGGGCCAAAUUUUCAGCCAGCCAGUUUUGGGAUGACUGCAGAAAAUAUAACGUCACUAUCAUUCAGUAUAUCGGUGAACUGCUUCGGUAUUUAUGCAACUCUCCCCAGAAACUAAACGAUCGUGACCAUAAAGUGAGAGUGGCAUUGGGAAAUGGCUUGCGAGGAGAUGUGUGGAGAGAAUUCAUCAAGAGAUUUGGGGACAUUCAUAUUUAUGAGUUCUAUGCUUCCACUGAAGGCAAUAUCGGAUUUGUGAAUUACACGAGAAAAGUCGGUGCUGUUGGAAGAGUAAACUACCUACUGAGAAAAGUCGUAAAUUAUGAGCUGAUUAAAUAUGAUGUGGAGAAAGAUGAACCUGUUCGAGACGGAAAUGGAUAUUGCAUCAAAGUUCCCAAAGGUGAAGUCGGACUCCUGGUUUGCAGAAUCACACAACUCACACCAUUUAGUGGCUAUGCUGGAGGAAAGACUCAGACAGAGAAGAAAAAACUGAGAGAUGUCUUUAAGAAAGGAGACCUCUAUUUCAACAGUGGAGACCUCUUAAUGAUGGACCACGAAAAUUUUAUCUACUUCCACGACAGAGUUGGAGAUACAUUCCGGUGGAAAGGGGAAAAUGUGGCCACCACUGAAGUUGCUGACAUAGUAGGACUGGUUGAUUUUGUCCAAGAAGUGAAUGUUUAUGGCGUGUCUGUGCCAGGUCACGAGGGUCGAAUUGGCAUGGCCUCCAUCAAGAUGAAGGAAGACCAUGAAUUUGAUGGAAGGAAACUCUUUAAGCAUGUGGCUGAUUACCUGCCCAAUUAUGCAAGGCCCUGGUUUCUAAGAAUACAGGACACCAUUGAGAUCACUGGAACUUUUAAACACCGAAAAGUGACCCUCAUGGAAGAGGGCUUUAACCCUGCAGUUAUCAAAGAUGCCUUGUAUUUCUUGGAUGACAAAGCAGAAAUGUAUGUGCCGAUGACUGAGGACAUUUACAACGCCAUUAAUGAUAAAACUCUGAAACUCUGA